UGGGUUGGAGUGACAGCGUGCCAGCUGGUGCCUGGGGUAAUGAUCAGGUUACUGUGGUGCCUUGGAGACAGAUGGGCUCCAACAUUACCCUGGAAACUCAAUUUUCAGCGUGAUGCAAUGUUUGGGUAGAGCUGGAACUCUGGGAUUGCACCUUCACCCGCGGAGGGUGAAGGUUUCUCGUGCUCUAUGUCACUUUUUACUACAGGGAGGUGGUUUGCUUGGCUGGCUGAUGAAAGGAGUGAAUUUCCCUGGAGAUACUGGUGUUCAGCAGCAUGUGGGUGUCAGGAGGCUUUGGGAGGUGGAGGAGGAUGGAGAUGGAAUAAUGUCCUUUGAAUCAGAGCUGUGUUGGUAUGCUAGAAAGAGACUGGCAGCUGUAAAAAGAGGGGAAAAAAGCCCUCAAACAUCGAACCACUCACUGCAUGAUUUUGUGUGGACUCGGAGCAGGAGGUGUUUAAGAAUUUAUACUGGACUGAGUGGGGUGAAAAUUGAAGUGUAGGUGAGAGUGUGGAGGAGGUCACUGCCAACAGCUGCUCAACAGUGAUCCCUUGGAAAUCAAAAGAGCCUUGGUUCAGUGGGUUCCAUCCCAAGGCGUGGACUUGGUGACCUGUGUGAUAACUUUGAGAGUAAAUUCCAAGUGAUUUAUCCCUCUUCUGAUCUCCCUUGAACCCUGAACUGCUCGUGUCUGUUGCUGUCAAGUGGCUACUUCUGUAUUUAUGAGCAAGUUGCAAACUACUGACCUGCUUUGCCUCCUGUGAAAGGCAAGUGAUAGUUCUCGCUGGAGAUGGCAAGGGCAGCAUUUCUGGAUGUGCCUGGACUAAAUUUACUGUUGGGAACUGAAAAGUGUGGAUGCUGAUGAUUGUUGGAAGGAAAAGCGUGUAUUUACUGCGCGGUGGCAAUAGAUUUAUAGACAGAUAGUUUGGUUUAUAGAUAAAUAUUUUUGCCUCUAUUUGUGUAGCCCCAAGCAGUAGAUUUUAAAGCCUAAACUUUGCUAUAAUCCAGAGACCUUUUUACAUUUUUUUUUCCUAUCCCAUCUGCUGAGUUCCUCGCUCACGGCUCAGAUGUCACGUGGCGCCACGAGAGCCAAGAGAAGUGACGCAUCCUGGUAUCCCAUGGCGCUUCCCGGCGAGCAGCGGGAAGAGAAGCUCUGACGAAGCCUGGCCACGGGAAAGUCGAAAGGCAACUUUUAAUGUUUUAAUGUGAAGGAAGUUGGGCGAGAUCCUCGGGUGAGAUCCCGGGCUCCGGGACGCUUCGGCUCCAAGAGGCUCCUCCGCGCGUCCCUCUGGUCCUGCCGGGAGUGUCUGGCUGGCAGCUGGGGAGGGGAGAACUUGGCUGCUGUUUUCCGCCGCCUGAUUUCCACCAGAAGAAGAAUGCCAACACGAAUAUGAAGUGAAGUGACUCCUAUGCUGUGCCAGGGCGCCCGGAUGCUCCUGUGGGCGGGUUAGAGACGGGCACCCGCCUCGGCCACAGACGGAUCCCUCGGACAGGAUGAAGCCCAGGAGGAGCUCCCCAGCGCGCCGGAGCGGCAGUGAGCGCUGCCCCCUGUGAGAUCCAUGCCAGAGCGUGCCCCGGCUGCCCGGCGAGAUGAAAGAGGUGGUGCUGUGGUCGCCCGAGGAGGUGACCAGCUGGCUGACGGAGAAUGCGGUGCCCGAGUACUGCGAGCCCCUGAGGGGCUUCACCGGGCGGGACCUCAUCGACCUGAAGGAGGAGGACUUUAAGAGGUCGCCUCUGUCCCGGGUGUCUUCCGACAGCGGCCAGCGGCUUUUGCACAUGAUCGAGACUCUGAAAAUGGCUCACCACAUGGAGGCUCACAAGAACGGCCACGCCAACGGGCACAUCCGCGGCGGCGGCGGCGAGAACGGCUUCGGCGGCAAGGCCAAGCUCAACGGGGUGCCAAACGGGUUCAAGAAGGAGAUGAUAAAGAUCCCCAUGCCAGAGCCGGAGCGCUCGCAGUACCCCAUGGAGUGGGGCAAGACUUUCCUGGCUUUUAUUUAUGCACUUUCUUGUUUCGUCUUCACCACAGUGACUAUCUCAGUCGUUCACGAACGAGUGCCUCCCAAGGAGGUGCAGCCUCCCCUCCCAGAUGCAUUUUUUGAUCGCUUUGAUCGGGUGCAAUGGGCUUUUUCUAUUUGUGAAAUCAACGGCAUGAUCCUCGUAGGACUGUGGUUUGUUCAGUGGCUGCUCUUAAAGUACAAGUCUAUAAUUAGCAGAAGAUUUUUCUGUAUAGUUGGCACACUGUACCUGUACCGGUGUAUUACAAUGUAUGUGACCACGCUCCCAGUACCUGGAAUGCAUUUCAAGUGUUCUCCAAAGCUUUUUGGAGACUGGGAAUCUCACCUGCGAAGGAUAAUGAAGUUGAUUGCUGGUGGGGGAUUGUCCAUCACCGGGUCCCACAACAUGUGUGGUGACUACCUGUACAGCGGCCACACCGUCAUCCUCACCCUCACCUACCUGUUCAUCAAAGAGUGUGAGUGCCUGCCUGCUCAUUCCUUCCUCACUGAGGGAAUUAUUGUUGUGCUCCUUGAUUCCCCACGGCGACUCUGGUGGUAUCACUGGCUUUGCUGGGCACUCAGCAUGGUUGGGAUGUUCUGCAUCCUCCUUGCUCAUGACCACUACACUGUGGACGUGGUGGUGGCUUACUACAUCACUACAAGGCUAUUCUGGUGGUACCACACAAUGGCCAACCAGCAAGUGCUAAAAGAAGCUUCCCAAACUAACCUCCUCGCAAGGGUCUGGUGGUACAAGCCCUUCCAGUACUUUGAAAAGAAUGUCCAAGGCAUUGUACCUCGCUCCUACCACUGGCCCUUGCCCUGGCCGGCGCUGCGGCGGGGCCGGCCGGUCAAGUACAGCCGCCUGGUCAGCGACACGUGACAGCAGGACAGGACCUGGCCCAAGUGCUCACAACUCCCUACGAGAAGAUGCCAUAAGAAAACAACAAAAAAUAAAAAUUAAAAAAUCAACUGCUCCCUAUAACCCUCUCUUUUAACAGCUCCCCUCGACUCGACCCGUUCAGUUACCUGGUAAGCACUGUGAUCUUUUUUUCUCUCCAAAGGAUCUCUGCGUUGGACAAACAAUAAAGAAAAAUUUAACUUAUCAUGCACUGUUACACAUUUCUUGUUGAUAGAGUUGGGAUUUGCAUUUUACCCAUCGCCAUGUUCCUUUGUAUAUGAUGCGACAACAUAAAUGAGAGCUUUUAUAUCAUGAGUUCUGGUCUUUUCCAGUCACGUCUGGGAACAAAGCAUAUUAUUUUCUUGGGAAAACAUACUUUUCAUAUCUCUUGCCCCAAAGAUUGGGCUGUAAGCCAUUUUCUAGCAAAUGACUAUAUGAAGGUUUCUAAAUACCUGCCUUGGGUGAAAUCAAGAAAUCUUUCUACCUGUUGCACCGCGCUACGAAUGAGAUGAUAGACACAGAAAGGUUUGGUAAUCCUGAUUUUGUAGAAUCUGCAGUGACUGACUGUGUCAAAAAGUGCAAAAAAAAAAAAAAAAAAGGAAAAAAAAAAAGAAGAAAAAAUGUAAAGUGAUUUUCUAAGUAUUUCCUAACUUUAUUUUUCAAAACGUGUAUGAAAAAAAAAAUUAAAUUUAAAAAGAUUUUUACAUGUCAGAGAAUAGAGAGUUAAAAUUUAAAGAAAAUGCUUCUUGGGAGAGAGAGAUUUGUCUAUGUUUCUAGUGCCUUUCUUGUCUUGAUUGUAUGGUCAGUAGGCAGUCUUAAAUGUUUUUAUUUAAAAUAAAGUAUUCCAUGAAAGCAGAAUUAUAUAUACUAUAUAAUUACUAAUUUUUGCAUUUAUAGCUAAAUUAAACUGGAAAUUUGCUUAUAAUGUUGAAAUUGCCAUGUGUAGGGAAAAAACCACCCCACCAAAUAAAAAGGGUCCGAUCUUGUUCACACAUUGUGGGCAGGUCAAGCUAAAAAGUAUCACUUUAUUCUUGGUAGCUGGGUUUUAACAAGCAAAACAGCCAUGAAUUCCUGUUUUUUAAGAAUUUUACAAAUGAUCACUGAGUGAACUACGAAUGGUUUCUCCAUCCCCUUUUGCAAUGUUGUUGAGAAACAACAAAGAUAAUCUAUUUCUUUAAAAUAUUUGUGCAGAAACUGCAUGUAGUUCUAAGUUUCACUCCUACCAUACAUACUGUAUGUCUGGGGAAGUAUCCUAUCCUAAACUUGCCAAUGUGCAGAACAAAAAUAGUUUUUUUUUAAAAAAGAAUGAAGAAGAGAAAAAUAUAUAUAUAAAUAUAUAUAUAUCCAUUCUGUAUUUUACGUGAAGCAGAGUUAUCUUCUGUAGGUUUUUUGUGUAUUCACAAGGUGAUAUUUGUAUUGUAAAACAACAAUGGUGAAGGAAAAUAAAAAGGCUUUUGAAACGUGUAGUUUCCUUUAUCUUUUUGAUAUUAAGUUGAAAUUUAAAGCUGGGUUUAUUCUUCCAAACCUUGCCUUUAAGUUGAUGUUUAUUGCACUGUAGGCCAUCCGAUUUGGACUGUAUGGAAACUGCAUUGAUUUCGAAUUGCUGUCGGGCAAAACAGUGCCUUAUCUGAAAUAAAUGCUAUGCAAUCGAUUCCGAGCGGGCGGGAGCGGGUUGGGAGGAGCCUUCCUGGGAGCCAUCACCAGGCCUUGAAAAAUCUACCCCCAAAACUGCUGGGAGGGAGCACAGGGCGGGGUGAGCAUCAUCCACUGCCCUGGGGUCUGUCAGUCCUGGUGCUUGAAUGCCAAAAAAAAGGCAAAA